GGCAGGCAGCAGGCCGUCGGCAGGGCCCCCCGGGCGGCCGGCAUGUCCUUCACCAUGCUGCGCUCGGCGCCCAGCCGCUACCUGUACCCCGAGAUCAGCAUGCUGUCGGAGGACGAGGAGAACGGCAGCGAGAGCUCGGGCUCGGAGGAGAAGCCCUACCGCCACCACCGCCACCACCACCACCACCACCACCACCACCGCCUGGAGAGCGAAGGCUACGGCGAGGAGCUGAAGGGCGGGAAGCGCGGGGGCGCCAAGAAGGGGGGCAGCAGGCUGGGCAGGGAGCCCCGGCAGCGGCACACGGCCAACGCGCGGGAGCGCGACCGCACCAACAGCGUCAACACCGCCUUCACCGCGCUGCGCACCCUCAUCCCCACCGAGCCCGCCGACAGGAAGCUCUCCAAGAUAGAGACCUUGAGGCUGGCCUCCAGCUACAUCUCCCACCUGGGCAACGUGCUGCUGGUGGGGGAAGCCUGCGGGGACGGGCAGCCCUGCCACACCACCCCCACCUUCUACCACCACGGCGGCGCCGGCGGCAGCCCCGCCGGGCGCGACGCCGAGAACGCCCAACCCAAACAGAUCUGCACCUUCUGCCUCAGCAACCAGAGGAAGCUGAGUAAAGACCGGGACAGGAAGACAGCAAUCCGGAGCUAGAGAAGGAUCCCUCGGGAAGGAGAAGGAGGA